AUGGGGCCUGACGGCAAGGAUUUCCUGAUCAAGGCUCUAUCCACCAACAGCACAAAGCGCGGCGAACAUGGAGGCGAGCACAGUGAGCCCGAAGGCGAGGAGGCCAGAGGAAAUUGCCACUUCCACGCCGGCGUAGAGCACUGCACUGGUGGCUCCUCGGUAUCGGGCCCAAGCUGCGCCCGCAUCAACCGGAACUACAACAUCCCUCUCCGCAUCGGGGCCACCUUCACCAUUCUAGCAACCUCGUCAAUCGCAGUUUUCUGUCCAAUCUUCCUAAAGCAGUUCACGAAGCUGUCCACAACUUCUAUGACCUUUACCAUCAUCAAGCAAUUCGGUACAGGGGUUAUCAUCGCAACCGCAUACGUUCAUUUACUAACCCACGCUCAGCUGCUCUUUGGUUCGGAAUGUGUUGGAGACUUGGGCUAUGAAAGUACCGCUACCGGAAUCGCCAUGGCUGGAACUUUCCUCUCAUUCUUAUUGGAGUACCUUGGCACGCGCUUCAUUGCUCGAAGACGCGGUAGGUAUCCUAUUGGCACUAGCCCCGCUACCUCCGAUAAACUAAGUGUUGCCGUGAUGGAAAUGGGAAUCAUAUUCCACUCUAUCUUGAUAGGGAUAACCCUCGUCGUAGCAGGAGACUCCGGCUUCAUAACCCUCUUUAUCGUCAUUAUCUUCCAUCAGAUGUUCGAAGGACUGGCUCUGGGCGCACGCAUUGCCUCUCUCCCGGAUGACACGAAACUUCUCCCUAAGCUACUAAUGGCGGCGGCCUUCGCUGCCAUCACCCCCAUUGGAAUGGCCAUAGGAAUCGGCGUCAGGAAUGAGUUCAACGGCAACGACAAGGGCACUAUCAUCGCGCUCGCAACUCUUGACGCGUUGAGCGCUGGCGUGCUUGUCUGGGUCGCGCUCGUGGAGAUGUGGGCUUCUGAUUGGCUCUAUGGCAAUCUUAAGAACUCUGGUCUUAGGAAGACAGCCUUUGCUAUGCUUGCCCUGGCAUCUGGAAUGGUGCUUAUGGGAGUGCUUGGGAAGUGGGCUUGAGUAGUUAUUUUCUUUCUCCUGGGAAUUUCGGUAAUACGGGGGGGAUUUUAACCCAGCUUGUUUGUUCACCCGG